AUGCCGAACGUUGUACUGAGACCGUCGCAGAUAUAUUUUCUGCACGACUCCAUAGACUGUCGUUUUCAAGACAAGACAGACAUGCUGGAUACCUUCCGACAAUUGUUGUACAAAGAGAUAAACCCAACGGCAAUUCAACCAAUUGCUGUAUUCGAUAAGAACGACAAAUUGUGGGUGUACGCAGGUAAUAGAAGACUUUAUCUGUUCCGGAAACUAGAACAACUUGGGGUUGUUGAGUAUAUAACUGCAUGGAGAGUUCAGAAGGUCGAUCCUGACAAGUGGGCAAAAAGAAACACAACUAACAAUGGUGGGAGGUCAGUGUCAAUACGUAACGCCCCGCAGUUUGAAGACAAAAUGCAAAAAAUUGUCAGAGAGUGGAAAUCAAAAAAACGCACGGAAAUGAAAAAGCUUCAAGAUUCAAAGAAAAUCAAAACAACAUCAGUACCUCGAACUACAAAUAAAUCAGACUCCUCGUCUCACCAAGUUGACCUUAACAAGGAACAGCGAUCUCUGACUGGCUCAGCUCACAUUUCCCCCAAAUACACCAACUACCAAGCUACUGGCAGUACGGACCGAAUUAUCACUCCUCGUCAAUAUAUCCCUUAUCAACCACCAGCUGUUACUCCGAGUACCCGAACAUAUCACCACACAGUCACUAUGCCUGACCCUGUGUCAUCUAGUGACCGCAAUACGCGAGAAACAAACGUUAAGAGCCGAUUUUCUAGGAAAUGUUGCUGUAUCUCAGCAGUUGUCCUAGCUGUUUUGAUCGCUGUUUUGAUUCUUGUCCUGUGGUUGAUAUUAUAA